UAUGGCGGACAGAGACACAGCAGACUGAGUUUUAGUACUUGCAAGUUUUAUAAUUUUGAUAUAUCAUUAGAAUUCCAUGUCUUUACUUUUGUUACAACUGCUUUAACGUUUAAUCCAAAUUUUAUGUCACCGCGAGUGGUAGUUACCUCCAGGAAACGAUGAACAAUGUGCCCUAGUAACUGUCAUUUGCUCUCGCCCAUUUCCUUUGUGAACUAAAUUGCUCCGUUUUAUGUGUCUCCUAAGUUCUUCUGACCCAUGACUUACAACUGAAGUGUUAAUGUUCUAUGAACGAUCUUACUAGUUUUAAUAAUGUUUAUAAAGUGCAUUUGUUGACCGUUUGGUUAGGUUUAGGCGGAAGUAGUGCUAAUAGCAGUAGCCGGAAUCUGGUUAGACAUCGGGUUUAUUGAGUGCAGUUCAGUAGUUUGAGUAAUUUGGUGCUUAUAAUGAAAUAAUGGUUGAAAUAGGCGCCCCUCCGCAGCCACCCGAAGAAUGCCUCGAAAACUGUGAAUGGUAUUGGGGUGACAUCACAAGAGAUGAGGCCAAUGAAAAACUCAGAGACACCCCAGAUGGAACUUUCCUAGUACGCAAUGCGUCAAAUAAGGGCAGUGGAUACACAUUGACUGUCCGCAAAGGAGGUACCAACAAAUUGAUAAAGAUUUACUAUCAAGAUGGUCGCUAUGGAUUCUGUGAACCAUUCCAGUUUGCUUCCGUUGUGGAACUUGUUAGAUUCUACACACAGUGUUCCCUUGCACACUGCAACCGCAACCUGGAUAUCACUCUCAUGUACCCUUUGUUGCGAUCCCAAGAAAAUGAUGGGGGUGAAAAUGACAGUGAAGAAACACUUGAAGCUGAAUAUAAAAACAUACAUAAACAAUAUGUCCUUAAAACAAGGAAUUUUGAUGAAUGUUCUGACAAAUACAUGAGAUUGAGGGAGGAAGUUAAAGCAAAGAAGCAAGCUCUAGAUGCAUUCAAUGAGACUGUUAAAGUUUGUGAGGAACAUCUCCGAUAUCAAGAUGAAAUGCAGUCUAAGGCACAACCACAUGAAAAAACAGAUCUAAUACAAAAUAAUAAGCAGUUAAUUUCAAGAGUCAACAGCUUGAAGCAAGCCAGUUACGAUCUGCACAAUUUACUUCGAGUUACUGUCAAAGAAAAUUUGAAACUUGAGAGAGAGAUAACUCAGCUGAAGCCACAAAUAGUAGACCUGUUCAAGAAAAAAGAUCUGCACAAAAUAUGGCUGCAGAGGCGUGGUAAGACUGAUGAAUAUUUAACAAAUUUAGAGGAAGAUAACAUACAUAAGUUAGAAGAGCUAUAUGCACAUCGUGAAAUGAAAAGUUGGAUGCUAGAAAACUGCACUCGCGCCCAUGCUGAAAAAAUUCUGGAUGGCAAACCUACAGGCACAUUUUUGAUACGUCCAAACUCUGGAGGGCAACUUGCAUUAUCGAUUUGUUGCAACAAUAUUGUUUAUCAUUGCAUUAUAUUCAAGACUGAAAGAGGUUAUGGUUUUGCAGAACCAUAUAAUGUUUACAAGACAUUAAAUGAGCUUGUUCUACAUUACGCCAUUAACUCGCUAGAUGAACACAACGACCAACUCCGAACCACACUCAAGUACCCCAUUAAUGCUCACCUAGUUAGCAAGCCAGAGAAGAAACAGUCACAUGACAGUGAACACCUGGACGCCCAGCACAGAGAAUUCCAUCAAAUGGAGUCCCAGGCGUCGCACCAGCAGAGACCCAGGCAGUAGUACCAAAGGAUACUUUAUGUGAGUCUUGCUGAAACUAGUCUUCUAUUUAUUGAUAGAUGACUGGUGUGAUCUUUCGCCCAUGUGAUAAAGGCAUCAUGAGGUUCAAGGCAUUCCUGUAUGUAUGAACAGAUGUACUGAUCUCAUGUUCCCGCAAAGAUUUUGUAUUACUAGCCUUGUUGUUUUGUCUUUGAAAUGAUUAACAACUUGGCUAUACUCUUCAAUGGAGUUUGAAUAAUUUCUAAAAAUGCAAUGAUAACUAUGUGAUGGUAAUAAUAACUAUGCAUAUUAUCAUGUGAUAUUCUCCAUUGCUUGAUACUUCUAUAAGAAGGGGUAUGUAAAAAUUUGAAUGGCCCAAUCAACAACGAAAGUAUAAAUUUGUAUUGCGUCCAGUUUUUGAUGAAUUUGAUUGGGAGGUGUGAGGGCGCGUGAGGGAACAGACAAAGUAUUGUAUGAAGUAUAUAUUUAAGUUGCAUGCUUCUUGUAAGUAGCUUUAGGGAGAACGUCUGUCAGGUCUGUCGGCCAAAUGUACAAACGCGAGUACCAAAAAUGUGUCAUGUAAAUGUUGAUGCGUGCAAAUCAGUGAACUCUGGAAGUUGAAUGUUAUUUAAUACUUGAUUUGUUAUUUGUGUUUCCUAAUGUGAUAUUAAUUUGUUAAAAGUCAUUUUUAGGGUUGGGAUUUAUAAAAGCACAUAGAUUUGCAGAUAUAAUUCAUUAAACUUAUUUAGUACCUACUAUAUGAAUGGAUUCCUCUAAAUGUAAACUACAUCCUACCACAACAUUAAUCCUUCUAGUAAUCGUACAGCUACAACAAUGUUUUUUAAAUUUUUGGUCAUAAUAAAAAAAAUCAUACAAAUGAAUAUCAGGAUUACUAAACUCAUAACUAUAAAAAAAUAUCUUGUACGUGGUUUGCCUACUGUCUACUGUGGCUACCGCGUAUUAGAUGCAAGUCACAACUGCAAGCACACUUACACUGCUGGUGGCACUUACAAGGCACUUGAAAUUAUAUUUUUUAUGUAGAAGCAAAGUACUUUUCGCGGUUUUGAAGUAGAGCAAAAUAUUAUAUGUUUAUUGAGUUUUUCUGCAUGAAGCAGUGUGUUGUUUGCGUUUUGGGGUAGGAUGCGUUUUGAAAUCGAGUCCAAUUCACGACUUUAAGUCUGCAGCCAUAGUGCUCGUAUUGAUAACCUCCCAUUUAUGAAUGAUGACUCAUGUGAUAGUAAUUAAUAACAUUUCAUGCAUAUAUUUGAAACUGAUUUUUAGAGGAUAUUUGUAUGUAUAAAAGAGAAUUAUCAUUUUAUAUCUGGAUUGUGAUCAACAUUUUGUAAUUUGAACAAAGGAAGAAUAUUGCGUUUUUCCAUAUAAUUGGUUUAAGCUUGUUGCUGUAUUAUAUUUAUAGAAUUUUGUAAUUGUUUUCAUCUGUAUGUGCAUUAACAAAAGUUUGUUUUAAGGAAAAUGAUGAAAUGAAUCGUACUUCUUCCUUAGUGUGGCGAAUUUGGUGAAACUUGGCUCAUAAAUGCCGCAGCAAUGUAACAUUUAUCAAUGUGAUACACGUUUGCAAAAAUGUCUUUCAGAGAUAUACUAUAUUUUAUUACUUUGCAUGUCCGGAUCAAAUGGACUUAGACAGUAAAGAAUAUUUUUUCUGAAUGAAUGUCCUUAUCUAUAACAAGCAACUGGCUUCUAGAGCUGGCUACAAAAUCUAUGGUGGCCAAGUUGCUUCAGUGUUUGCCUCUAGCUCUCUUUGGAAAGUUACUCUAUAAAAAGCCAUGAAUGGGGGCGAAUUGUGGGAGUGAAUAAUUAACCGCCUUGCUUAUUCUUAUUUGAAUAAACUAUUCUUGUCAAUUAAACAUACAUUGGUUCUUUGGAAAGUUACACCUAAUUCACCAUCAUGGUAAUUCUAAGGUUGUAAGCAUUAAGUAGUUUUAGUGUAGGUAGGUUUAACAAAUGAAUGGAUGAAAAUUACGAAUUGAAGGAUUCUUUGAAGUUAUUAAUAGUUAUUUGGAGUUUUAGUCAUCAUAACGAGGAUUGUUAAAAAAACGAAAGAUUGUUUGUUCUACCUGCUUUAUUUAAGCCAUUCACAGCCGAGUGAAGUUAAUUUGUACUUGCUACGGUCAUUUACCUCAUGGUCGAAUUUACCAAAUUUUAGAUUGUUCUAUUGAUUCCGUUGGAUUUAUUUAUUUGUAUGGGAGUUCUACACUAUAAACAUGUCUAUUUGGCUAUGAGUGUAAAAUAUUUUCAUAAAGCAUUACAUUUCGAUACAGGAAAGCACACUAGACAAAGUUCUUCUUAUAGGAAAGGCCAGUCACGUGAUCAACAAGUCCCACAGGAAAGUUCGUCCUGACCAAGUGCCCAUGAAUGACGCGGCGUAAGACUAGGAGUAGGGGCCUCCGCUUUGACCUCACUUUCCCUUUUCUUACAAAGGAAAUAGAAGGCCUCUUAAUCUUUAUGCCUUACAUUAAUAUUAUAAGUGGUGCAUUUGGUCACAACUGAAUUUGUAAACAAUAAUUGUCUAGGGGUUACAGCACGCUCAUAUAUUUUACACGAUUAUGGUAAACAUACUUUAUAAGACGACUCAACACAUGGUUGGAUAUACACGGCGUAACUGUAGGAACCUGAAAUAUUUUUUUAAUAGUGUAUUCCUGAUAAAGUUUAAAGGCUUGUGUCAUGUUCACUUCUGUGAAAUUUAUCUAGUUUCAGAGUAAUACCAAUUCAAAUUAAAAAUGUAUAAUGAUUAUGACGAUGAUACAGUAUAACUAUAUUCCUUCUUUUAGUCCCAGAAAUGCUUGGAUAAAAACUUUCGGGUUACGCCGUGAAUAUGUAUUUGCCGCUUUACAUUAGGUAGGAUUACUGUGCUAGUUUUCGUCCAGUUGACGAAAUUUGGGUAUUAAACCUUCUUUGCCGCACUUAUUGCAAUUAUUAUUGACUAACUAAGCAAAAUAUAUAUAAACGUUAGUAGAUUUUAUUUACAUUCAUUUCUACUCCGUGUUGUGUGCUAAAAGUAGAGUAUGUGGCCGGAAACUAGCACAAUGACCAUAUUCUGCCACUGCACAAGAUAUACUUCUUGAGAAUUAUGAUUAUAUGGGAAACGUACUAAACCAUUAUAUAGAGUUCUGAAAACUAUGUAUUUACAGUAUUUAUUCUGAUAAUAUCCUGCGUAGUUUAUUACGGAGACCUACUUAGAUGUUUUGUCCCCACUCACAUAAAUAAAACACAAAUGCCUAUCUGUCAUGUAAAAAAAAACUAUGUUCACUUCACAGUAUUAGGUGCAAUAUAUUUUUUACUAUACUUUGUGCAAUUUAUUAACUUUGUAUAUAUCGGGAUUACUUUAUUAAUUUAUAGUUUUCCUGUGAAAUUACUUAUAAAGGAUUAUACCGAGUUAAUUGGAAGAGUGUCUGGGCCUAUUGAAGAUGUGUAAAAUUAUGUUUACAAUUCAAUAAUUUAUAGGUACAUGAAAUUGUCCAUACAUAUUGACCUAUGUGAGCUAUGCCGGCCAUACUGAUUUCUUUUUUUUACUCGACAUGUCAUGAUAGGGUCCAUAUCCGGUCCGGAUAGAAAAUGCCCGCGUUAGAGUAGUGAGAGGAACAUUCAGACCAUGAUUAACUCAUUCAGUGCCGGUGCGCGCUACGAGCGAUGCCGAUUAUGUGGUUUAUCCACUUUGUAGCGUAAAACGCUUAACAGAGAACUUGCCUAGCGACAUUGAACGUGUUAAUCUUACGAUCAAAUGUACAAUCAGCAGCAGAAAUAUUGGUAGUUAAAUAAGAACUUGUUUUAAACCAAUUUGAUUUCUUGUCUUCUUUGUACCAUAACACACUUUCAUUCAUUUUAUUAACGCCGAUAAUAAUCAACAAUUCAAUACCGCUGCGGAAGUUUUAAAGCUAAAUCAAGUCGUAUUAUUAUUAUGUGUGACUGUGAUCAGGUACAAAGUCUUAGGUAUAUUUGUUGGUGAAUUCCGGUGUACGAACAGCAUGCAUACGACAUAUCGCUGUCGCCAUUCUAAUUCGUAGCAUCAAUGAGAUAAAGACGAUGACUGUUAACCACAAUAUAAUAUUGAUGUCACUGUAUCUGCUUCUGACUUUACAUGUACGUGCUACUAACGACGUAGUAUUCUAACCUUAUCCGAUUCAAAGAAAGAUGCGUUAAGGUAUGUACCCACGGGCAACUUUGUCGCAGCAACUAUUUUGUCUCUCGCAUACAGUGUAUGAAAAAGUGAUCGUGUGAGGUGAGAGACAAAAUAGUCCGGCGACAAAGUUGCUCCUGGGCGCAUACUUGUACGUUGUUGCAUAUUUAAUUGUGUAAUUUAAAUUUAUUUAUCAUUGUAAGUUAUAAAGUUAAUAUAAUGAGAUUUAUUCGAGUUAUUUUUGUAUUCAUAUCUUAUAAUUAUGCAUAACAAGAGUCCAAAAGUAGUUUCAGGAUGGAUGUCAUUUCUGUGAAGUAGAUGUUUUUGAUCUCAAAGGCGAAUUUUAAAUUUUAAGAUAAGGUACCAUUAAAGUUAGGAGCAACCAAAUCGGAUGCAUUCAAACAUAACUAUUCCUUACAGUCGCCAUUUUAUGUAAAAUUAUAAUUGUAGUAUGUUUUAAUAAGUGUUAAUAAUAAACAAACAAAUCAAC